AUGGCGCCCCGGCCCGCCGCCCCGCCCGCCGCGCCCCCUCGCCGCCCUCGCGGCCUCCGUACCGAAGCCCCGCCCCCGACGGCGGCCGCGCGAGGCCAGACGCCGCAGAAGGCGAAGCGCGUGCGGGCGAGCGGCCGGCGGUCCGGGGAUUCGGAUCCGCCCUCGCGGGCCUGGGCGACCGCGGCUCGAGGACGCCGCCGGCCGGGCCUGCGCAGGCCUGAGUGCCGCAUUCGCGCGCUCUCCGGAGUGCCCUCCAGCCGCAGACUAAGACUCGAAGUUGCGGUCUCCCGUGCGCAGCCCGGAUUCAAACCCAGGCCGGCCCACAGACCCUUCGGGAGCCGCGCUCUCUCGCCUCUGGGUAUUUUGUGCAUUGAGGGGACGGUCACGUCACGCACAGGUCACCAUCGGAAAGCCAACAAUUCAGUCAUCUGGUGCUUCACAACGCCGUGGGACCAGUACUCUGUGCAUUCUAGCACCUUCUCCUCACCCGGGAAAGCAUCUGUGCCUGUUAAGCAGUCACUCCCCGCCCCUCCCCCCGCCCCUGGUGGCCCCGGUCUUUCUGUUUCUGUGGAUUCCGACUCCAGAUCUCUCAUGAGAGAACAAGUACACGACACGUGGCCUUUGGUGUCGGUCCUGUCCCCGUCCGGCCACACUGUGGUGUCGGUCCUGUCCCCGUCCGCCACACUGUGGCAGGUGUUGGCACUGGCUUCUCAGAGCUUGGGCAUCAAUGCUCUGCUGCGGAGAGACCGCGUUUUGUUUAUUUGGACAUCAGUGGAGCCGGGCUGUGUCCCCCGCUCGGCUGUGGUGACCAGCGCAACCAAGAACAUUCGUGCGCGAGCCCCUGUGCGACCGCGUGUAAAGACCUUGGCACCGCCCUUUGGAUCACCGUAGCUCCGUAAUGAGUUUCCAAACAGGGAACUACCAACACUUCAGGGUGUUUUCUGGCUAUUUUCAGGGCCCCUUGCAUUUCCAUGCGCAUCUGAGGGUCAGCCUUCUCAUUUCUGCAAAAAGGCAACAGGGGUUUUCAUUUGGCUGAGAUCGCCGGGGACUGUGGCCAUGGAUGGCCACGGGGCCUCCGUGCCCGGAGUGCACAGCCACAGUGGGCGGGGCUGGCUCUGCCUUCACGACAGGACGGGAAGCCCUUUUCGCUGCUCCUUUGUUGGGGCGUCAUUUGCUUUUCCCUCAGUCUGGAAGGUUCUGAUACUCAGCAAAAAAGAAAGAAAAACCCACGUGGGGUUACCUCUUCCUUUGGUUUUAGCUGUUGCUGGCCUCUGCCCCCCUUUCCUGGGGAGCCUGGGGUCCUGUGCAUGGCUGGGGCUCCCUCGAGCUGGCUGGGGCCCCCAGAGGUGCCUGGUCUGAACCGUCCAGUUAGGAGAAAGUGGGGUUCAGAAUGCAUGAUGGGGGAUGGGCCGUCAUGGUCCCCGUGGCCCCUCCCCUGCGGGGCCUCUGCCUCUGGACCCCCGUCCCCCUGCCCAUGUACCAGGCUGUGCGGCCAAGCAGGCUGCUCACUGGUGCAGGUCGGUGGUCGUGGGGCCCUGGCAGGUGGGGGCCUUGGGGGCAGCCCUAACCAGGAUGUUCGGGCUGGAGAGGUGGGGGGCGGCACGGCGCAUGCCCUUGGUCCUGUCUUGGAGACAUGAAGCCCACCCCUCACGGGAGGAAAGAAGGGGCUGUAACUGAUUUCCAAGGGGCUUCUCUUGAGGAGAGAUCGGAUCCGGGGAACAGCUGAGGGCCUGACACCAGCUGCCUCCUCAGCCCAGAGGCCGGCCACCUGCCAGGAGCCCCAGUUCUAGGAAGCCCCGAUGUCAAGCCGCGGCUAAAAACUCGGAGACUGCGUCCGCGGGGCUGUCCCCGCUCGCUGGAAUUGGCCGCGGCAAGGGCGCCCCAGCCCCGGGCCGUAACGAAUCACCCCGCACUCUCCGCAGGGCCGCUCGUCCUGAGACCGGGACCGGCGCACGCGGGCUGCCCGCACCGUCCGCACGCCGUGUCCCCGCGGGCAAGCGGCGCCCGGCCGCGACACCGGAGAGGGAGAGCGCGCGUGUGCACCUGCCGUGCGCGGUGUGUGCGGGCGGCGCCCGGCGCGGACAGUCUGCGGACGCUCCGCAGGUGGCCCCGAGCCCACCGGACCCAGCUGCCCGGCGCGGUGGCUGCAGGUGGCCCAGCAGGACGACCCCACGACAUGCCACUCCCCGAGGACGCCCCCGUCCCCUCCCCCAGGGCGCCGCGGCGAGGGGGGCCGGGCCUGCGGGGGAGGGGAGGCGAGUCGCCUGGCGGGUCCCUGGCGCCGCCCCGUGGCCAAGUCCCGCCGCGCAUCCAUCUGUCCUCUGUACGGACACCCAGGGAGCGCUCAGGCCCUGGCGCCGGAAAAACCGAUGUCGAUGGGAAAAUACCACUUGCUCUGCGGAAGCACGGACGUGGGAAGGCUGGGUUUCCUUCUCGCAGAAAGCAGUGUCACCCGGGUCGGGAACGCUGCGCUCAGACCCCCAGGUUUCCAUGGCGACGGCCGCCCUCCCCCUGUGCGGUCCUGAGCCCAGCAGGUGAUGCGCGGGGUCCAGGCUCUGCCCCGCGGAGGGAGGGCCACCCCCAAGGGGGUGGGGGAGGGCAGGAGCCGGGGCUGAUGCCCCCCCAGGGCAGGACAGACGCUUUCCUUCCCAUUCCCGUGGCCACCCACCUCCUCUUGGCAGAGGGUCCCCUGCAUUUGCGCGCUCUGCUUGGUGGGGGUCUUUGCCCCGAAGCUUGCAGACAGCGGGAGCCAUAG